UUAGCUUAGUGAAGUCGAGAGGAAGUCGAAGAAGAAGAAGAAGAACAAAAUGGUGAGCCGAAAUUCCUCAUGUUGUUCUUCUCCACUCAGAAUCCAAAUCCUCUUAGUAUUGUCGUUGCUAUUCUCUCCCGCAGUUCUCGCCAAGUCCCGUCGCCCAAUCAGUGACAUUGAGACAAGGCAGAAGAAGACCCAAUGCUAUGCUGAUAUUGACAGUGGCUUGUGGGGAUGGCAAUGCAAGUCAACUAUGAUAGCAAAGGAGAAUUGUGUUUUGAAAUGCCUCUCUCCAACUUGUUAUGAGCUCGUCUAUGAGAGCGAUCCGCUUGAAGAAGGAGAGAAAGAUCUUCUUAGAGGACAAGAGUUCAAGUACUGUAUGCAUAAGUAUUCAUGUUGGCUUGCAGGUUAUCUUUGGGGGAGAACCUUGAGGGUAUUAAGGGCUCCUUUAAUUAUUAAAACUGAGUUCACAGCAUCGCUUAUAAGAUAUAUGAAGCUUUGAUUCUCCUUAAAGAAGGUAUGUUGGACUGUCAGACUUCCAUUUUCCAGUAAUCAAUUGGUAAUUUUCUCCUUGGUGUUUGCAUGUGGAAUGAUUCUAUACACGAGCUGAAGUUCAAAUCCAGGUUGUCCAGAGUCCGAAAUUAUGACUGGAAGCAGUUAACAAAAGAAAAAAAAAAUGUGACAAGCAGAGACCAUUCUGUUUUAUUCUUAAACUGUUUCAUUUAGUUGUCUACUUGGAUGUUUGGAUAUGAAUGAUACAAUCAGUAGCCUGGCGUAAGAAAUUCAGAUCAGUCGUGUGUUAAGAAAUUAUGAACCGAGCUACUAUGUUGGAAUUUUUUUUUUUUUUAAUACGUGUCAGUACUGUUCUAUCUUCUAUGAAAUAUGUAAUUUCCGAAAAAAGAAAAAUAGUUGAUGGAGAUGAAAUGAAUCAGCGUCUGAUAAUAUAUCUAGUUUUCA